AUGUCAUCCACACUGGGUCUUGUCAUCCUCAUAUCUGCUGCAACGUGUCAGCUACCUACAGAUGCUGAACGCAGCCAAAUCCUGGAGGCUCAUCGCAAAGUGCGAGAACGUGUGUUUCCUCCUGCCAGUAACAUGCUACUAAUGGAAUAUUCAAGCAGAUUGGAGAGGCUGGCGGCUUAUUGGGCCUCUCGUUGCGAAUACGAGCAUCCAGAUCCAAACCUUCACCCACAAUUCCGCAAAAUUGGCCAAAAUCUUGCACUUACCGGUGGAUUCAAGCCAUUUCUCACUGAAAGCGUGUGUGGGUGGAAAAGCGAGACUCACUUUUACAGAUUUGCUAAUAACUCCUGCAGUCAUGUUUGUGGUCACUACACGCAGGUGAGCAAAGUGCUGUGCUUGAGCAUGCUGGUGUGGGCCACCUCCAGUCAAGUGGGCUGUGCCAUGCGGCGGUGUGAUGGCCUCAAACCUCACUGGCCCAAUCCACAAUAUCUAACAGUCUGUCAGUACAGGCCCACGUACGUCGCAUAUGUCCGCAUUUGCUCAUCAACACAACUUUGCUGCGUUUCCUAA